GGCUGGGAAGGCUGGGCAGGUGCACGGACUGGAGAGAGCCACAGGAGGGGAGUGCGGGGAGCAGCAGGAAGGCACUGGGGCAGAAGCUCCUGUAGGUCAAGAGCGGAAGCUGCUCACCCUCAGCACCCACAAGUUGGAGGUGUGGCCACCUGCUAGUUGUUUAAGCGUGAGCGAUGCAGUCGCGAAGGCUGCCGGAAGAGUCCAAAGCCGGCCUCAGCCGGGGCCUGGCCUGGGGACCCAAGGUGCUCAGGCGGUGGAGGAGGGCCACGCAGAGGCUUGAGGUCCUUGACCCAAGUCCCCAGCCGGGCCCAGUAGGGAGGGUGAUUGGCCGUUUUGAGGUUGACAGGGAAGGGCCCGUGGGGAGUGGAGGACCUCCAGGAGCCACUUCCCCCACCCUGGCGGCACCAGGCUGGGGUGGGGCAGAUGGGGCUCGUGGGCUGGGCUGAGGACCUGGGGGGUGGGGCUGGAACAUUCAGCAGGCAGGGCCUGAGAGGCAGCCUCUCAGCCCCAGCACUGCAGGCCCCUCCCUCCCUCUCUUCCUGCAACAGUUUCACUUUUGCUUUUGCGUCCCUGGCCUUCUGCUUCAGGGCUGGGGAGGAGGGGUCUGGGCUGAAGGCACGGGCUGGGCGGGCCAGGGGACACUGCCAAGGGGGAGGGGGCUGGGGGGAGCAGCCGGACUGCGGGGCUGCCACCCUACCCUCUCUUCUGGCCCCAGGGUUGCGAUGGGGGAGGUGGGGACAGUGGUGGAAGUCAGCGGGCUGACCCCCGAUGUCCCCGAGGAGCUGCUCAUGCUCUACUUUGAGAACCGCAGGAGCUCUGGGGGUGGACCUGUGUUGAGCUGGCAGAGACUUGGCCCUGGGGGCAUACUCAGCUUUCGGGAGCCUGCAGAUGCAGCGAGGGUCCUGGCCCAGGAGGAGCACACUCUGUGCGGUGCCCGGCUGAGCCUGCGGCCCGCCCCGCCCCGCGCCCCUGCGCGCCUGCUCCUCCAGGCACUGCCUCCCGGCCUCGCACCCCAGCGCCUGGAGCAGCACGUCCAAGCCUUGCUUCGUGCCACAGGUCACCCUGAGCAGCCCUGCCGUGCCCUGGCCAGUCCCCGACCAGACCGGGCCCUGGUCCAGCUGCCCAAGCCCCUUUCUGAGGCAGAGUUCCGCGUGCUGGCGGAGCGGGCGCGGGCCGUGGGCCUGGAGGGGGCGGAGGUAUCCCUGGCCUGGGUGCCCCAGGCCCGAGCGGUGCGUGUAGUGGGGGGCAGCCCCGCUGCGGACCCGCUGCUGUUGGAGCUGUACCUGGAGAACGAGCGCCGCAGUGGUGGGGGGCCCCUGGAAGGCUUGCGCAGGCUGCCGGGGACCCUGGGCACCGUCGCCUCCUUCCAGCAGUGGCAGGCGGCUGAACGGGUGCUGCAGCGGGACCACCGGCUACAGGGCUCAGAGCUGAGCCUUGUCCCCCACUAUGAAGUGCUGGAGCCGGAGGAGCUUGCUGAGGACACCCGUGGAGGGAGCCACCUGGCUGCGUUGGGCCCCGGGGCCCCCGAGCAUGCUCUCCCGGAGGCUGGAAGGCCCACGAGGGCCCAGAGUUGUGCAGGGCCUGUGACAUUGGGCUCGGAGGAGGCACCAGGGCCGUCAGGAGCUUCUGUGAGGACAGGUUCUCCCUGGCGCAGGUCCUCACUGGGACCGGCCGGGCCCAUCAGCUCGGGGCCUAUGGAGUCUUCAGAGCAGGCGGGGCUGGUAGGCCCGGGGCCUGGGGGCUCUCCAGGCCCAGUGGAGAACACCAUGGGCUCUCCGGAGCAGGUGGAGUCGGUGAGCCUGGGGCCUGUGGGGUCACCGGGGCAGGAGGGCCCGAUGGACACGGUGCUGCCGAUGGAGCCGGGAGCAAUGCGCUUCCUACAGCUCUAUCAUGAGGACCUUCUUGCUGGCCUGGGAGACGUCGCCCUCUUCCCACUCGAGGGAUCAGAUACGACUGGAUUUCGACUCUGCGGAGCCCCGGGCCCGUGCCGGGCGGCCGAGGAGUUUCUGCAAAGUCUGCUUGGCAGCAUCAGCUGUCAUGUGCUGAGCCUGAAGCACCCAGGCAGUGCCGGGUUCCUGCUGAGCCCAGAGGGGCAGCACCUCCUCCGUGGGUUGGAGGCUCAGUUUCAGUGUGUCUUUGGGACAGAGCAUCUGGCCAGGGCCGCCCUCCACACGGACCCUGAGGAGGUGGACCCCCGCGCCCUGGGGCCUCCAGAUGACGCGGGACGUGACCAGGAGAAUGUCAGCCUCGAGGAGGUCCAAGAGCUGCUGGCCACCCUGGAGGGCCUGGAGGGGGAAGAGAGGCUGCCGCUGGUGCUGGGGGAGGAGGAGCCUGAGGGGCGGCCAGAGGAAGAGGAAGAGGAGGAGGCUGUGACUCCCAGGGCUGGCGAGGGGCCAGUGGCCCCAGGCACGGGGGUGCCUGGGCCGCUGGAGGAGGAGGCCGCCCUGCAGCUGGCUCUUUACCAGUCUCUGGAGCCACAAGACCAGGUGGCUGAGCGAGAGGAGGCUGUGGCCCUCCAGCGAGCCCUGGCCCUCUCUCUGCUGGAACCACCCUGGUUAGAGGAAGGAGAGCACGAGGGCCAGGGGCCUGGCGGCUGCGCCCAGCUGGUGGUGCAUGUGGCCUUUGAGCAGGAUCUGGACGAGCUGGACCGGGCACUGGAGGCUGCGUUGGAGGUGCACCUCCGGGAGGAGACGGUGGCGCCCCAGGGCUGCAUGCUGCCCGCAGAGCUGUGCGCCCGCCUGGGGCGGUGCCACGGCGUGAGUGUUGCCCUUCGUGGCGACCACACUGUCUUCCGUGGCUUUGGGGCCCAACCCACACGAGCUGCCCGCCACUUAGCAGCGCUGCUGGCUGGCCCCCGGGAUCAGAGUCUGGCCUUUCUCUUGGCAACUCUGGGCCCCACUUGGCCACCGCAGAGGCCCAGGGAGCCCUUGGGCAGCCUGGAGCGACUGGCCGAGAGCAGCAGGGAGUUCCAGACGGUGGUGCAGGCUUUCUACGACACCCUGGACGCGGCCCACGGCAAGAUCCUUGUUGUCCGGGUGGAGCGUGUGUUGCACCCGCUGCUGCAGCGGCAGUACGAGCUGCAUCGGGAUCGCCUGGAGCAGUGCUGCGAGCGGCGCCCGGCGGAGCAGGUCCUGUACCACGGCACCGCGGGGGCCACUGUCCCAGACAUCUGCGCGCACGGCUUCAAUCGCAGCUUCUGCGGCCGCAACGGUACGCUCUACGGGCAGGGCGUGUACUUCGCCAAGCGCGCCUCCCUGUCGGUGCAGGACCGCUACUCGCCCCCCGACGCCGAGGGCCACAAGGCGGUGUUUGUCGCGCGGGUGCUGACCGGCGACUACGAGGGCUGCCGCGGGCUGCGGGCCCCCCCUCUGCGGGCCCCGGGCCACGUGCCCCUGCGCUACGACAGCGCGGUGGACAGCCUCCGCCAGCCCAGCAUCUUCGUCAUCUUUCACGACACCCAGGCGCUGCCCACCCACCUCAUCACUUGCAGGCACACCGCCGGGCCUCCCCCCGCAGGGCUCCCGGGCGACUCGACCCGAGCCUAGGGGCCCCCUCGGCCCCGCCUCUGUCCUCCUGCUCCCGGCUCCGCCCGGCCCUGCAGCCCCCUCCGCUGCCGGAGCCGCCCCUGGGGGCCCCCCUG